AUGGCAAAGGUCCCUUGCUUCACUUUCUGGUGGGCAGGGGCUAUCACCCUUCUUCACUUCGCCCUUUUUGUGUGCGGCUCGGCCUUGUCCUCCUCUGCUGAUGCCCCUCUCAGAGCCGCCUUGGUGACAGUUGUUGGCGAGGCCGACCUUCCUGCUACCCUUUUCAGCAUCAAGCAAAUCGAGGACAACUUUAACAACCGCCACUUGUACGACUGGGUCUUCUUCAGCGUUCACGAUCUCCCGGAAAAGUUCAAGGAACAGACUUCUAACGCCACCAAUGCGACUUGUCUCUUCGAAGUCAUCCCAAAGGAGAACUGGGACGUCCCUGGAUGGACCGAUCUGCCUCAACUUGCUAGUUCUCAGGAACUCAACGCAGAUCACAAAUUUGCACCCAACAAGUCCAACGCACUCGUCCGUCAGAUGAAGCGAUGGACCUCGGCUCCAUUUGCCAAAGAACGACGUCUGAAGAACUAUGAGUGGUUCUGGAGAGUCGAGCCAGGUGCUCAACUAAAGCAGAAUGUCCCUUUUGACGUCUUUCGUCUCAUGCGAGACAACGAUAUCGCUUAUGGAUUCAAUCGAGAUAUCCUCAAUCAGGCCAACAUGUCCCAUCUUUCUCCUCGGGUCAAAUCUUUCGUUAACAAGCACCCAGAGCUUCUCCACAAGGAGUCUGAUAUCUCGUGGCUUAUUCAGAAUGACACAGCUCUAGCCAUAGAGUCCACUCCGCUGGAUGACGGGUUUGAAGACUUGGUAGACGAGGGUAGUGACGAGCUGAGGUCGCGGGACGAUUCGUUUCACGAUAUCGAGGCAAAAGAUGAAGGCGACGAAACAUCUUGGCUCGGUGGGUGCUUUGCGUCUUGGCUAAGUGACGCUUACGGGCACAGUCUUUAUCCAACGUUCGAGAUCGGAUCUCUGGCUUUCUUCCGCAGCCCUCAUCACGUUGCUUUCUUCGACCAUCUCGAUAGCGCCGGCGAUUUUCAGUAUCGCCGAGUUGAGGACGUUCCGGUGCACAGCUUGAGUGCCAGUAUGUUUCUGCCCCGCGAGAGUGUCUGGAACUUUCGCACCAAAGACAUACAGCUUCGCACACAAUCCGGUCGUGGAGCACUCUGGGCUGGGCCAGUUACAGGCAAUGAUCAGUCUACCAAGGACUGUGACAGCACUGACUCAAGCGGCAGUGUGGGUCAGAAGGAUGGUGCCUUUGAAGCAAUCAAACCGUUGUACGAGACCUGGGACAUUCUGGCUCUCGAUGUGAAGAGACAGACUGGGACUCCGCAUUUGAUUUCAGGUAACACGUGGAUGGGCAAGAAAGAUGAGUACGAAGGUGAAGAGCAUGGAUUUAGCUGGUUGGUUGAGAAAAUGCUUUCUGAUGUUUUUGGAUAA